CCGGGCUGUCAGUGAGCGUGGUGCCAGCAAGCGAGUGAGUGGCUCCGGCUCUUGCUCCGCGCCGCUCCGGCCCAACUCUCCCGGCUGCCGCCGCCCCUCUUCGCAGCGACCUCCGCCACCAGCCCGCCCGCGCCCCCCGCCCGGGGUCGCCCGCGGCCCCUCUGAUCCGCCCCCGCCCACCCGGCCCUCCCCGGCUGCUGCUCCCCGGCGGAGGCAAGAGGUGGUUGGGGGGGACCAUGGCUGACGUUUUCCCGGCCAACGACUCCACGGCGCCUCAGGACGUGGCCAACCGCUUCGCCCGCAAAGGGGCGCUGAGACAGAAGAAUGUGCACGAGGUGAAGGACCACAAAUUCAUCGCCCGCUUCUUCAAGCAGCCCACCUUCUGCAGCCACUGCACCGACUUCAUCUGGGGGUUUGGGAAACAAGGCUUCCAGUGCCAAGUUUGCUGUUUUGUGGUUCACAAGAGGUGCCAUGAAUUUGUUACUUUUUCUUGUCCGGGUGCGGAUAAGGGACCCGACACUGAUGACCCCAGGAGCAAGCACAAGUUUAAAAUCCACACUUACGGAAGCCCGACCUUCUGUGAUCACUGUGGGUCAUUGCUCUAUGGACUUAUCCAUCAAGGGAUGAAAUGUGACACCUGCGAUAUGAAUGUGCACAAGCAGUGUGUCAUAAAUGUCCCCAGCCUCUGUGGGAUGGACCACACCGAGAAGAGGGGCCGUAUCUACCUGAAGGCUGAGGUCACCGAUGAAAAGCUCCACGUCACAGUGCAAGAUGCAAAAAAUCUAAUCCCCAUGGAUCCAAAUGGACUUUCAGACCCUUAUGUGAAGCUGAAACUUAUUCCCGACCCCAAGAAUGAGAGCAAACAAAAAACUAAAACCAUCCGCUCCACACUAAACCCCCAGUGGAAUGAGUCCUUCACCUUCAAAUUAAAACCUUCAGAUAAAGACCGACGACUGUCCAUAGAAAUCUGGGACUGGGAUCGGACAACAAGGAACGACUUCAUGGGAUCCCUUUCCUUUGGCGUUUCAGAGCUGAUGAAGAUGCCAGCUUGUGGAUGGUACAAGCUGCUCAACCAAGAAGAAGGUGAGUACUACAAUGUACCCAUUCCAGAAGGGGAUGAAGAAGGAAACAUGGAGCUCAGGCAGAAAUUCGAGAAAGCCAAGCUUGGCCCCACCAAGAAAGUAAUCAGUCCUUCAGAAGACAGGAGAUUUUCCAACAACCUUGACAGAGUGAAACUCACUGACUUCAAUUUCCUCAUGGUGCUGGGGAAGGGGAGUUUUGGAAAGGUGAUGCUGGCUGACAGGAAGGGAACAGAAGAACUCUAUGCCAUCAAGAUCCUGAAGAAGGACGUAGUGAUUCAAGAUGACGACGUGGAGUGCACCAUGGUGGAAAAACGCGUCCUGGCCUUGCUUGACAAGCCUCCGUUCCUGACGCAGCUACACUCCUGCUUCCAGACAGUGGACCGGCUGUACUUCGUCAUGGAAUACGUCAACGGCGGGGACCUCAUGUACCACAUUCAGCAAGUAGGAAAAUUUAAGGAGCCACAAGCAGUAUUCUAUGCAGCAGAGAUUUCCAUUGGAUUGUUCUUUCUUCAUAAAAAAGGAAUCAUUUAUAGGGACCUGAAGUUAGAUAACGUCAUGCUGGACUCCGAAGGGCACAUCAAGAUUGCUGACUUCGGGAUGUGCAAGGAGCACAUGAUGGACGGAGUCACGACCAGAACCUUCUGUGGGACCCCAGAUUACAUCGCCCCGGAGAUCAUUGCUUAUCAGCCGUACGGGAAAUCCGUGGACUGGUGGGCCUAUGGCGUCCUUUUAUAUGAAAUGCUGGCCGGACAGCCUCCGUUUGAUGGAGAAGAUGAAGACGAACUGUUUCAGUCUAUAAUGGAGCACAACGUUUCUUACCCAAAAUCCUUGUCCAAGGAAGCUGUUUCCAUCUGCAAAGGACUGAUGACCAAACACCCAGGCAAGCGGCUGGGCUGCGGGCCCGAGGGAGAGCGGGACGUGCGAGAACACGCCUUCUUCCGGAGGAUCGACUGGGAGAAACUGGAGAACAGGGAGAUCCAGCCGCCCUUCAAGCCCAAAGUGUGUGGCAAAGGAGCAGAAAACUUUGACAAGUUCUUCACACGAGGGCAACCUGUCUUAACACCUCCUGAUCAGCUGGUCAUUGCUAACAUAGACCAGUCUGAUUUUGAAGGGUUCUCGUAUGUCAACCCCCAGUUUGUGCACCCCAUCUUACAGAGCGCAGUAUGAAGCCCACCACCAAGAACAAACGCCUCCCCCGCCCCUGCCCAUCCCCCCAACAAUGGGAAAUGACCCUUAACCCUCAAAUUUUAAGGCCACAGCCUUGUUUCGUGUUCCAGACGGAGGCCUGAAAAUCGUAGGGUGGUUAGUCCAAAUGCGACCGACUGUUUGGGGUCUCUAACAACCAAGAGCAUUAUCGUAGUGGAAGAUGAUACAAUGUGCAGUGUCCAGUUUAAUUAUGUAGAAGUCACCUCUGGCUGUAGGUUAACCCUUCCUAGAAAGCAAAUAGACUCUUGCCCCUUUUUUGGUACGAUUUGAUAUAUACCCCAUAUCCUCUGUCGAUUUUCACCAUCAGGAUACCCUACUCCCCCACCAAAGAUGUGGGCUGGACACACCUCCACACAGGCGCCUUUGGAAUGAAGGAACGGGAAGCCCAGAGAGCAGAGGGGGGCACGGCAGCACUGGGGGCGGGGAGGCUUCAGCCUCCCUGCCGCUCCCAGUCUCUGCCUCCAUGGAAACCAUCCCUAGAAUCAAAAGGCCAGGAUGUCAUUUCCAAGCUCACUGUUCCCAGACAUUGACAGUCAUAACCCAAUCAUGGCCUGGUGGUCACCAGUUUUAAAAAAGAGAAGAAGAAAACCUCAGAUGAGUGUUCAGUGAAUCUGUCCUCUUGUAUCCUGCUUGGUUGAUACCUAUCUAGAUAUUUGCAUUUCUUUGUAAGAGGCCAAAUCUUCCAAGGACUUUGCUAAAUGAGCAUGUGAAAUCAUUUCAGAUCAAGGAUAAAGCAGUGUGUGCACGCGUCCGUUUUAAUCUCUGGGAGAUUAUUCUGUGAUCCAGGGUGCCAUCAGCAAUGCCACUACUCACCAGUGUUGUAAGCCAACCCCCCCCACACCCCACUUCCUACUUCCUAUGAAGCUAAAGUCUAUGCCCAUCCCCUUUUGUACGUAUUUAUUUAAUAGGCUGCAGUGUCGUUUUUUGAGAGUACGAUGUACAGUAACUUCCAGUGUUGAUUCUAGAAUCAGUCCCAACUGAUGGAUUUUUCUCCCGUCUCUGGCCCUCAACAUCCCCUUAGGGAUGAAAAACAAUGCGGUUUUGGUCCCCACUUUUAGUUCAUGUUGAAUGAUACACCUGGAGCUGUAGAAUCAGGAAACUUGGAUACAUAUCAGCUCAAAGAUGUUUAUUGCAAGAAGAAUUUUAAUAUGUUUUGCAAAUGCAUCAUGCAAUGAAUUUUGCAUGUUUAUAAUAAACCUUAAUAGCAAGUGAAUCUAUAUUAUUGAUAUAAUCGUAUCAAGUAUAAGGAGAGUAUUAUAAUAAUUUUAUAAGACACAACUGUGCUAUAUUUGUGAAGGCUCUUGUUUCUAAUCUGCUUCUUUGAUUAAGUUUUAGUUGAAUUCUUUACUGCCCUGCUUUCCCUCCCCUACCCCAGUCCCAUGUGUACCCUGCGCAUUGGCACCAUAUUGGACAUAUUAAUUUUUUAACGUAGAUCUAAUUUCAAAAACGAAUGGCUACUUUACAUGAUUAAUUAGGCUUUAUAUAUAUAAAUAUUUGAUUCUACCUGCAAACAAAAAUUUUAGGGGAUUAUUUUCAAGAUGAGACUCUCUUUCUCAGCUUCUUAACGCCAUCUUCUCUUCUGGCUCCUCUGCCACUCUUCCCCUUGGGGACAGCGGGAUGGGUUUGACUCCAGUGUGACGAAUCUGGGCAGAUGUGGUGGGAGCACAGCCCCUGGGCGGAUGUAGUGGUUUUCUUCCUUUCAGCCUUGUUUCUGUGAGUGAGAGGGGAGGCAGACAGGGAGGGGCCCUUGCUGAUAGUGCGUGUGGUGGACACGCCAGACGCACACUGUCCCCUGGAAGGCCCCGCACGUUUGUCCCUCGCACGCAGACUGCAUGAGACAGACCGCCAGCAGCCCCUGGGCACAGCCGUCCCUGGAGCUCUCAGCAGACUCUUUGCAGAGGCUGCCCACUUUCUUCCACCUGCAACCAGAACGAGCUGGAUGAACUACUCUGGGGUCAGACACCACCCACGCCAGGUCCUUGGAGAAGCCAGUCUUCUACAAUGGAAAGAACAUUCCAGAUGGAAGCUGCUUCCACUCCUUCCAGAGGCCUGCUCUGUUUCUCCUCGUUCCCCAGAAGCAUCUCCCAGCUAAGUGCUCCAUGAUUUGUUCCUGGCUGUUUGCCUGAAACUCACGGACCUCUGAGGGGGCUUGGACACAAGAGGCUUGUCCGUCCUGGGAGCCCCUGAUGGGAGAAAGCGAUGGGCAGGGAACAAGGUGGCCCUGAAAAGAGCAGCUCCUUGCCAUCUCUGGUGGGCUGUGGACUUCAGAACCCCCGAGGGGCUCUAGCACAUUCAGACCUGCAGUCCCGUUGGUCAGUGCACGUUUUGGGGACAUGUCCUCACUAGGUGCGCCUCAAUUGGAUCUGAUAGAAAAGGGACCAGUUUAUAGAAAGAGCUUAAGAAACAAAGGAGCCAGUCACCAUGCCCCAGAACGGCCACAGCAGAACAGGUCCCCGGCCAAGCCUCCGAAGGGGAGGAGGGUCCCAGAAAAGCACACGGGCUGUGGACCGUCUGUCCCGAGCCCCACGCCGCCUGCCUGCUGAAGCCAGCAGCAGGCUCGGGCUUUCCGGGAAACAGCCAACACAUUUCCAAAUUGUUCCUAUCUCUCUAGGAAACAUAUUCAACAUCUCAGCUGGCUUGUAUUCUUUCCAAGUGUAUGACAAAGUUUUCAAAGAAAAUCCCCUGCCCGUGGGCCCGACACUCUGCCCCAGGGACAGCAGGCCUGAGGACAAACAGUAAAAACUUGGGCCCAGGGAAGUGUUACCAUAACAUAGCCUGUUUGGUACAGAGCUGUGUACUAGAAUUAUUGCUGGGAAACUAAGUCUUAUGGAUGACCCUUCACUAGCUCUUAGCCGUAGCACGUGGGAAACUCUCUGGCAUUGGCCCACGCCUUGGGCGUCGUGGGAAUAAAAGCACAGGGAAGGGCCCUGGUGGAGGCUGGGAUAAGGAGGACGCCUCCCAGGGUCAGGUGACUGGGGGACUCUAGGAAGCUUCAGCCCUCGGCGCUGCCCACGCCGCCAGGGCCUGCGGCAGUCCAAGCCCCCGGCAGAAUCUCGCACAACCCGAGUCCACCAGACUCAUCGCACGGUGACUCUGAAAGGCCACCCGAUUUCCCUGCAUUAUUUCCCCCCGGAAGGUGGCUGCUGCCCAGCCAUGGGACUUUCCUCUGAGCUGCAGGUUGGCAGGCUCGCGGCCCAUCUGCUCGGCAUCUCAUCUAAAGCCAGGAGGUGUUUGGUUAGAAUCGAAGGAUCUGGAGUGCCUCCCUCAGAAGUUAAUGGCAGGUUCACUCAAGGCAAGAACGAACUGAAAAGACCCUGGGCACUGAAAUGAUUGCUCGUCACCACGUGUGAAAUUCUGUGGUGGUGGCCCAUAGACCUGGUACAAGUCAAUGCGGAAUCCCUGCCUGUCUUUUCUUAUGAGGCUUUCUUAUUAGUAAUUUUGAUAGAAGGUCAGAGAGUUAAGAGCUCUCUGGAGAUCACUGGAGAUUGUUGAAAGAUUAUGAAGGACCAAGAUGAAUGCAAGCCAACAAGUGACCGCUGAGCACCUCUCUGGGCUACGGUUCUCAGCAGAGAGUGCUGACUUGCUGGUGAGUGAGGGUGCAGGCCGCUCCUGUGGAUGCUCUGAGAAGCGAGAGGUCCGCGGAGGUGGGGAAGGAGCUGAGAGAGGAGCAGGGUUUGCGUGCGUCUGGCAGGAGGCUCAUGGCAGGAGAAGGCAGGGCAGGGGAGAAGGAGAGGGCAUCUUGGGAAGGACGCUGUUGCCUUUUCCAGGGGCUUUCCACUGGGGGUCAUUGGUGCAGAAAAAAGUCACCGCCUGCCGUUCUUGGAGAGUGAGUUUGUUGCCAGGGACACGGUCUAGUCCUCCUCAAAAAACACCUCCCAAAUGCCAGCUCCUCACCACCUGCUGGAAGCCCCCUUCCCCUGCCUCGUGAAAGUGGCCAAGCCAAACCAUCCACCCAUCCUGGAAGGCAGCAGGUCCCCACGCGUUUCCCUCCGGGGCUUGUUGCAAGCGCCAUGGCAGCCGGGGACGGAUGGGGAAGUCACAGAAACAGCUAACAAAGCAGUUCCCACCUGGGUCCACUUAGCAAGAGAAAUUAGAGGUGUUUUGCUGGGAUUUGUUUUCUCUGUACUGAAGGAGGUCAGGGGAGCGAGAGUCUCAGGUUUUUAAAAGCCUCGGGAAGGCAACACCAUCUGACAGGCAUUUUCUCACUUGGGUCUUGUGAAGUCACCUAUUUCUUAUGUGUGCAGUUCACACCAUUUCCUAUUUCUUUAAACCCAGCCAGGGCAGGAGACCCCCACCCCCCAGCACACCGAAUAAUCACGACCAUGAGCUGGACUCUGAGCCAGGGACCCACAGGGCUGCAGGAACAGCGAAGGCGUGACAGAUCUGGUAAAGAAAAGGGACGCUCAGGUUAUUCGUGACUGCUGGUUUGACAAGGAGUGUUGGGGAGUAUUUAAAAAACGUUUUCCUUGAGUUGCUUGGGUUACGUUUUAGGAGACAGAGCAGACUGUCAACAUUUCGGCCACUUCCCAUUUGGACUGAUGCAGGGAGUGCUGUAUGCUUCUUUUGUUAGAAACACAGGAAAUUGGGAAAGGUUACCUGAAGUAUACAUGGAUGAAGGCUGUCACCUAGAAAUGGCGUCAACCAUGUUCUGUUAAUCCUGUAAUGUCAGGGGCUCUUUGGAGGGCCUCUGAGCUGUGUGAUCAAGUGUCAGUUGACAACCGUUAAGUCGGAUCAGUCAUCAAACAGCCUUAAAAUGCCCCUACACUAAGGCCCACAGGUUCCAAAGACUUUUUUUAAACCUUAAGGAAGAAAUUAAUUCCAGUAGAAAACUGGGUAUGCUGGGCUCUUUGUACUUUUUUAUAGAGAACUUUAAUAACUCAAUUCUUUAAACAUGAGCUUUUAAAACAGAACUACUGACAAUUUGAUAAGAUUCCAAUCACAUGGACCCUGUGGGAGGCCUCGGCGAUGGUCGCCGGAGCCCCCAGCCUGCACUCGCUCUGCAGGGUCGCCCAUGUCGGCGGGGUGUGGCGUCCUCGUCCAAGUGACUGGAAGUUCGGGUGGAGUACAUUGGCAGACUGAUGCCCUCCGUGUUUCUAACAGACACUGGGGACGACUGUCUAAGGUCUAGGAACGUUCAGACCAUAGAAAGACAGCUUUAUUGUCCCUCUUCCGUAUGCGGCCCUAGGACAGCUGUCCCAGGGGCCCCUGGGGCCCUUUCCUUGCUCUGCAUGGCCCUGCGGCCACCUUUCGGCAUGGGAAGGGGGCACUUGCUCAGGUCUGUCUCGGUCCCCGGGCGUCCCCAGGUCUCUCACACUCAGUGAGAACUCAGAGAUGCUCUGUAAGGGUGUUGCCUUCUGGGCAAUUCAGAUAUACUUCAACAUCCCUGAGAAAGGAGGUGGCAGCAAGCUCGCCCACCGGUGUCCAUGUCGGAGCUACUUCUUACGUGAGUAGACGGAACCCUACUUUUUCAGAAAAAUAAGUCUCAAAUCCACUUUAUAAGAAUCUUUUUUUCUAAAAUAAGACAAAGGGUGGCUUCGCAUUUUCUGAUCAAACAACUGUGUCUUUGUCUCCUCUGCUGAACUUUAGGAGUAUUUAUUCCUGUGAUUGUUUGUAGAUUUUUGUCGAUGCUCUUCCUGAAAGAAUGUGACUCUUUUCUUGAGGGGAUUAGUGGACUAUUCAAAAUCAUAAUGAAGGCAGUUAUUCUCUUAAGUCUAAAUGGUCUAAAAAUUCACCUCAAAUCCCUUCUGUUAGGGUCUUUCAGAAUAACUUUUAUAGAUGGUCGGAAACAUUUGAAAUCAUUGCUUUUGCUACAUAAUAGUGUGUGUGUGGUUGCGCGCUCACGUGCGCGCAUGCGUGUGUGUGGAGGACAUGCCAUGUUUAAAUUGUUCAUUGAAAAACAUAAUAUAAGACCCCAAAUGUGUAUGAAGGAGGAAGAGGAAGAGAUGGAGGUGGAGGUUUUUCCUUCUGAAUAAGCACCUAGUGACAAUUGCAGAGGCCACUCAGCUGUCAAAAGACAUUGGGUUUAUAGCAGGCAAGAUGAAUGUAUAACUUGCUGCAUUGCUUUCCUCAAUUCGUAUGACCUCUUAUCUUUGUUUGCAUGACAUGCUUUGUUAGAUACAUUAAUUAUGUACGAAUAAAUAUAACGAUCAUUCCUCAGUGUAAAAAAAAAAAAAA